CUUCAUUUAACAAAGUGCAACCGUCGUGAGCAGUUAAUAUAACUAUGUUUCUUUUAAUUGCGGUCUGGGCGUUUUGCAUCAACAUUUCACAAGGGAUUAAUGAAGCUGAAAUAUUGAAACGGUUUGAGGGUAUGGAAAAUAGAGAAAUGGACCUACGAAGACAGCUGCAAACUCAGGCGAAGGAAAUGGAAAACAUGCGGGCAACAGUAGCAGAUCAGCAAGAAAAGAUAAUCAAGCUUGAGUUAGCAUGCCUGGCUAAAGAUUUCCAGACGAGCAUCAUUGACGAUCGCGGUCAGUACGAUCCAACUGUCGACGAAAGCAAUUUCGUCAAACAAGUACUUCCUGAUGAGAUGGUCAAAAGCAUUGAACAUCGAUCGCAAAAGCGUUUCGUGUUCUCCCCACCGGAAAUGCCCGUAGCGUUUUCCGCUUUCAAGAAUGCUAAUCUUGGCAGUGUCAACGCGAACCAGAACAUCGUUUUCGACAGUAUUUUGAUUAACGAAGGCAACGGAUACCAUUCCAACCAUGGACUAUUUAUCGCUCCCCAAAGCGGAAUCUACUUCUUUACAAUAACGUUGCUACAUCCCAACCAACCAACUCCUGUUCACGCUGAAGUAAUCCGCAAUGGAACAGUAAUUGCCCGCCUGCACAGCGAGAGUAACCAGUACGAACAGACCUCCCAAUCUCUCAUUGCUAACGUCAACACUGGCGAGGAGAUCUAUGUUGUAAAUAGGGACUAUGCUAACGAGGUUUACACCACUGGGCUGUAUUCCUCGUUUUCAGGCUUUCUAAUCUGGGCGUCUUAAAAUGUUUUCCCAAGCUUUUUAACUUGUUAUUACGUUGAAUAAACUUUCGUAGCUGAACUGCCACUUUUAAGGUUUUUAAUUCUGAUAUUUUUUUAAAAAUUUGCUCACGCUUUUCUGUACCUACAUUGAAUAAAUCUUCUCAAAAGCUA